GCUGAACGAUGAAGAAGAGGUUCGUGGUACUGGGCCUGCUGGCUGUGGUGCUGGUGGUGGUCAUUGUCUGCCUCGCCGUAUUGCUGCCCUCCGCCUCCAAGAAGCCCAACCAUGUGUACUCCAGGGCAGCUGUGGCCACCGAUGCUGCCGGUUGCUCAGAGAUUGGAAGGGACAUGCUGCAGGAAGGCGGCUCAGCAGUGGACGCGGCCAUCGCAGGCUUGCUGUGUAUGGGGCUCAUGAACGCCCACAGCAUGGGCAUUGGGGGCGGCCUGUUCUUCACCAUCUACAACAGCAGCACGGGCAAAGCCGAAGUCAUCAACGCCCGCGAGGUGGCGCCCGCGCAGGCCCACGCUAACAUGUUCAACAGCUCCACGCAGUCCCAGGAAGGCGGGUUAUCCGUGGCAGUGCCCGGUGAGAUCCGUGGUUAUGAGCUGGCGCACCAGCGGCAUGGUCGGCUGCCCUGGGCUCGCCUCUUCGAGCCCAGCAUCCAGCUGGCCCGCUAUGGCUUCCCCGUGGGCCCGGGUCUGGCAGGCGCGCUUAACAGAAGUCGGGCCGUGGUGGAAGGUUCGCCGGCGCUGUGCGAGGUGUUUUGCCACAAUGGGAAGGUGCUCCAGCAGGGAGACAAGGUGAUCAUGUCGCGGCUGGCCAACACCUAUGAGACGCUGGCCCGCGAGGGCGCCCAGGCCUUCUACAACGGCAGCCUUACGGCUCAGAUUGUCAAGGACAUCCAGGACGCUGGGGGUAUCAUCACAGCCCAGGACUUGAACAACUACAAGGCCCAACUCAUCGAGGAUCCACUCAGCAUCCACCUAGGGGACUCGGUGCUCUACGCGCCCAGUGCCCCACUCAGCGGCCCUGUGCUAGCCCUUAUCCUCAACAUCCUCAAAGGAUACAACUUCUCCCCGGCGAGUGUCAAGACCCCGGCGCAGAAGACACUGACAUACCACCGCAUCAUAGAGGCCUUCCGGUUUGCCUACGCCAAGAGGACCCUGCUUGGGGACCCCAGGUUUGAGGAUGUCACAAAGGUGAUCGCCAACAUGACCUCUGAGUACUACGCGGCACAGCUCCGAGCCCAGAUCACCAACAACACACACCCCACCGCCUACUACGAGCCCGAGUACUACACUCCUGACGACUCGGGCACCGCCCACCUGUCCGUGGUUGAUGAGGAAGGCAAUGCUGUGUCUGCCACCAGCACCAUCAAUCUCUACUUCGGCUCCAAGAUCCUCUCUCAAGUCAGUGGGAUCAUCUUCAACGACGAGAUGGAUGACUUCAGCACCCCCAACAUCACCAAUCAGUUUGGGGUGUCACCCUCACCGGCCAAUUUCAUCAAGCCAGGGAAACAGCCACUUUCGUCUAUGUGCCCAAGCAUCAUCGUGGGCCCCGACAAUCGGGUGCAGAUGGUGGUCGGUGCCUCGGGGGGCACCCAGAUCACCACAGCCACCGCACUGGCCAUCAUCCACAGUUUGUGGUUCGGCUAUGACGUGAAGCGGGGGGUGGAGGAGCCACGGCUCCACAACCAACUGCUACCAAGCACCACCACCCUGGAGAGGGACUUCGACCAGGCGGUGGUCACAGGCCUGCACGUCCGGGGCCACGAAACGGAGACUACAUCCACAUUCAUCGCUGUGGUGCAAGCCAUCCUACGCACAGCCCGUGGCUGGGCAGCUGCCUCAGACUCCAGAAAAGGGGGAGAACCUGCUGGCUACUGAGGGGCCUGGGAUGACCAGCAGGCCCAGGGAACCAGAUCUACGUAUGAGUGGGAACUUUGCG